AUGUCUUCUACAGUUCUAGUUGAUGAAGCAGAAUACUUUCUGGAACAUGGAAAUCAUCAUGAGGCAGUUGCUAGGUUGACCAAAGCAGCCAACUCGAAUCCUUCCAGCAGCGAAAGCUCCAGAAUUGAUACUUUAGUCAGUCAUAUAGGCAGCCAUGUAAUGCAACAUCAAGCGCAGGGAUCUGAAGAUAGAGGCCUUGGCGAAUCGUUCAUAAAUACUAUGAUGACCAGUAGUAACGGUUCAGCAAAGUCACAACUGGGAAAACUCGCAUUAUUGACUACAGUCUUAUCGUCAAAUAAGAAAGGAACUGGGGGAUACAACUUUGGAUCUUUAGCCUCCGUAUUUGCAAGUACCCCAAGUGGCGGAAUGAGUGGAAGUUCUUUAGCUGCAUUAGCGACGGCUUUUUAUGGUGGUGAAAGUCUCAAACAUGCCAAUGCUGGAACGUUUUCAACCCUUUCUUCGCUAGCGUCCUCUUAUUUUGGAGGUGCUGAGACUCAAAAAGCUAGCCAAAACGAAGAUGAUGUUUAUGAGGAGCAAGGGCACGGUAAGUUCUCAGAAUUAGCUUCGACAGCAAGUUCCUACUUUGGAAGAGGAAAUGAGUAUGAGAAACAGGGAUAUACAGAAGGGAAUAGAGGUGAUAGCGAUCAGAAGAAGUGA